UAGUCAUAUCCUGGAUGGAAAUCUGGGGCGUUGGGAUACUAGACCGUAUCCCAACGCUGAUGUCUUUUUCACUCUGUAUCCAACGCUUAGUGGGAUGUGCGUGUAAAUACAGGAUAUAUUUAAGCCACGUGCACCAAUCAGAUUGCAGGGAAUUUCACCAACAUGGAAUAAAUGUACAUAUUCCAAAUAACUUAUAUCGAAAGCUCUCUUUUGUGAACAGUGAGGAUAUAUUGAGAACUCAGUGUUCCUCAUCUAUAUACUACAGUUAGGGUAUGAGGCAGGAAACAGAAUCAUGUAUUCAUUAUUUAAUAAUUUAUUUGUUGCACUUAACAUUCACAAUUCAUAUGUUAAUUGUUACAUAUAAAGCUGUGUAUCUAGGAGAUCACAUAUAUGAUACAUCUACAGUAUAACACAUGUUGAUUGGUACAUAUAAAGGUGUACAUGUACAGAUCACAUUAUUGAUGAUACAUACAGUAAAACACAUGUUAAUUGGUACAUAUGAAGCUGUACAUGUACAGAUCACAUUAUUGAUGAUACAUACAGUAAAACACAUGUUAAUUGGUACAUAUAAAGCUGUACAUGUACAGAUCACAUUAUUGAUGAUACAUACAGUAAAACACAUGUUAAUUGGUACAUAUGAAGCUGUACAUGUACAGAUCACAUUAUUGAUGAUACAUACAGUAAAACACAUGUUAAUUGGUACAUAUAAAGCUGUACAUGUACAGAUCACAUUAUUGAUGAUACAUACAGUAAAACACAUGUUAAUUGGUACAUAUAAAGCUGUACAUGUACAGAUCACAUUAUUGAUGAUACAUACAGUAAAACACAUGUUAAUUGGUACAUAUGAAGCUGUACAUGUACAGAUCACAUUAUUGAUGAUACAUACAGUAAAACACAUGUUAAUUGGUACAUAUAAAGCUGUACAUGUACAGGUCACAUUAUUGAUGAUACAUACAGUAAAACACAUGUUAAUUGGUACAUAUGAAGCUGUACAUGUACAGAUCACAUUAUUGAUGAUACAUACAGUAUAACACAGGUUGAUUGAUACAUAUGAAGCUGUAUAUGUACAGAUCACUUAUUUAUGAUAAAUGUACAGUUAACGCAUGUUGAUUGGUACAUAUAAAGCUGCAUAUGUACAGGAGAUCACAUAGAUGAUACGUGUACAGUUUAACACAUAUUGAUUAGUACAUACAGAACUGUACAUGUAUAGGAGAUCAUAUAUAGACAAGACAAAUCUGUACAAAAUAUUUCACUAUAUACAGAAAUUACAACAUCAAGUCCAAAAAUAGAUUAGAAUAUAUAUUUAUAGACUAGUUAUUGUUGUUAUAUACAGCCUUUAAUUAAAGCAGGAAAUUGAUAAUUGUUUAUAUACUAAUCAAAUUCUUCAAAUACCUACAAAUAUUCCCAUUUUAUUGCACAUUAUACAUUUUGUAC